GAGCUUUCUUUGCAGGGGAGGCAACUACUAGGUGCUACCCUGCAACUAUGCAUGGAGCCUUUCUGAGUGGGCUAAGAGAAGCUGCCAAUAUGGCUCACUAUGCUACUGUCAGAGCCUUGAAGCAAAAAGUAGAAAAGAGUCCAUCAAAAAAUGCACUCUUGUGUUUCCCUUCUUGCAGAUUUAUUCAGAGAACCUGAUUUGGAAUUUGGGAGUUUUUCUUUAAUUUUUGGUAGCAACGCUGCAGAUUUGCAGUCUACAGCAGUUUUAAGGGUGACAUUUAGUUGCCCACGAAAGAAAAAUCAUGAAGGUCCAAAGACAGAUUAAUCGUACUCUAAUAAAUUACUUUUUCAGCAGCUUCAGUCCCAUUUUAAUCAGCUGCAGGAGUUUCAUGUUUACACUUUGUUAUGAAGGCAACAGGUGCUUGAGCUGAGGGGAGUCAGAGGGGGUGAUGAGAUGAGGUUGAACUACCUUUCCGAAAAGCUUGGAGUGAAGCUGAUCGGGAGAAAAGGUCUAGGGCCUACUGCAGAUUCACUUAUUGCUUCUAUCAAGGCCGAGAGGGCCAAUCACAAGUCUUCUUCGACAUCUUUGACUCUUAAAUCUGGGAUAUCCAAGCCAAAAUCAGCUACUUCAAAGCACAAAUUGGUUAGGAAGGCUAAAGUAAUGCGCUUCAACAAUGAGUCUACUCCUCCGAAAUUAGGUGGGGGAGCUAUUGUGGUGGGGAAUGGCAUUGGGUCUCUCUCUUCUCCAAAUCAAAAAUUGGGCUCUAAAAUAGUUGGAAAUAGCGCUAGCUCUACCCCUUCUGUGAAUACACCUGUGGGUGGUUUGCAUAGCUCACUUUCUCCUCCUAGUUUAAAUAUGACAAAUGGUAAAAUGGCAAAACAAAUGUAGGAACAAUUAUAGAGAUUAUGUUGCAACUAGUUACUUGAUUGAGCGCAAUUCCAGCUUUUUUG